UACUUUAGCCUAGCUAAAAUGGCGGACCUCUGACAGGGGUCGCGUUUGGUAACUUGACACAUUUUCAUCACUUUGAAGCAGUUUAUUCACUCUAUUGUAGUCUUUAUCUGUCAGUCAUGAUCACACACAUGGCUUUGCGAACCGUUCUUAAAUCUUCCGCAGGCGUUUUGCGGGAAAGCGGGGCUGUUUGCGCCGCUCUGUCAGCGCAGUCCCGGACAUGCAGCUCGGCUUUAAUGUCAGGACUGAAAGUCAAGUCAAAUGUUGCAGGAAGCUUUGCUCUUCAAUCUCCAGUGAGACAUUAUGCCCGGGCUGCAAAGAGAGGGACACCUGGUCCUCAGAGUCAGCUCAGUGAUCUGCCUUCAACGAUGCUGAAGAUGGAUUAUGCAGCUGUGCCCUUCGCUCAAACGACUGAUGACAUUGUGAAAAGACUUCUGUCACUGGAGUUAGCAAGUCAUAGUGAAAAGCUCCAGCUGAAAAAGGAACAGCUGAUUGCAAAAGUCCAGAGGGAUGAAAAUGACCGAAGCUCAGAGGAAGUGAGAGUGGCUAUCUUAACAGCAAGGAUCCGAAACUAUCAGGAACAUCUGCAAAAACAUCGCAAGGACAAAGCUAAUAAGAGGCGGAUGCUCAUGGCCAUUGACAAAAGGAAAAAGAUGUUGAAACACCUUCGGCUGGUUCGCUACGAUUCCUUUGAAAGGGUGUGUGAGCAGCUGGGCAUCACCUAUACCUUCCCUCCUGCGUACUACAGAAGGGCCACUCGGCGCUGGCUGGCCAAGAAGGCCUUCUGUUUGAAGGUCUUUAAAGAAGUGCAGAAACAGAAAGCAGAGCAGAGGAGGCUGAGGAAAGGCCAGGCAACAAACACUCAGACCCAAUAAAAGACAACAUACAAUAAAUUAUAGCAGUUUUUUUUUGUUUUGUUAUUGUACAGAACAGCUUUGUUUUUACAUUCUACACUGUUGUACUGUGAUGUGUGGAAAAAAUUGCUCCUUUGUUUUACUGUCAUUAAACCGCUUUGCUUUAUGCAGAGAAUGUGUGAUGAAUGAAAUAAAUCAUUACAGGAAGUGA